CUCCUUUGACCUCGGAAACUGAAAAUGAGGUUGCUAUGGGAACUGCUCGUGCUGCAAUCAUUCAUGUUGUGCCUUGCAGAUGACAACACGCUGCAUGGGCCAGUUUUCAUUCAGGAACCAAACAAUGUGAUUUUUCCACUGGAUUCUGAGGAAAAGAAAGUGAAGUUGAGCUGUGAAGUAAAGGGAAAUCCUAAACCAACUAUCAGGUGGAAGUUAAAUGGAACCAGUGUUGACGUCGGUAUGGAUUACCGCUACAGUGUAGUGGGAGGCAGCUUGUUGAUCAAUAACCCCAAUAAAACCCAAGAUAUUGGAAUGUACCAGUGCAUAGCAACAAACGCAUUUGGAACCAUUGUUAGCAGAGAGGCAAAACUUCAGUUUGCUUACCUUGAAAACUUCAAGACAAGAACAAGAAGUACAGUGUCAGUCCGACAGGGUCAGGGAAUGGUACUGCUGUGUGGACCACCACCACAUUCUGGAGAACUGACUUAUGCAUGGAUCUUCAAUGAAUACCCAUCAUUUGUGCAUCAGGAUAAUCGUCGCUUUGUUUCUCAAGAGACUGGGAAUUUGUACAUAGCAAAGGUGGAAACAUCUGAUGUGGGCAACUAUACAUGCGUGGUGACAAACACUGUAACAAAUAAUAAAGUGCUGGGCCCCCCAACUCCUUUGAUACUGAGGAAUGAUGGGGUGAUGGGUGAAUAUGAGCCAAAAAUAGAAGUGCAGGUCCCAGAAACUGUUCCAUCUGCAAAAGGAACAACUGUGAAACUGGAAUGCUUUGCCUUGGGAAACCCAGUUCCUACUAUUAGUUGGAGAAGAGCAGAUGGUAAACAAAUACCCAGGAAAGCCAGGAGACAAAAAUCGAGUGGAGUUCUCGAAAUCCCAAAUUUUCAGCAGGAAGAUGCUGGUCUAUACGAGUGUGUGGCUGAAAACGUGAGAGGAAAGAACAUGGCACGAGGGCAGCUUACAUUUUAUGCACCACCUAACUGGAUUCAGAAAAUAAGUGAUGCGCACAAAGCUAUAGAAGAAAGCAUCUUUUGGGAGUGUAAAGCAAAUGGGAGACCAAAGCCUUCAUACAGCUGGCUAAAGGAUGGUGAACCAUUGAUACCUCGGGACAGAAUUCAGAUAGAACAUGGAGCACUUACAAUAACAAAUGUGAAUCUGUCAGAUGCAGGCAUGUAUCAGUGUGUAGCAGAAAACAGACAUGGAGUCAUUUUCACCAGUGCGGAGUUGAGUGUAAUUGCUUUGGGUCCAGACUUUUCCAAAACCCUCUUGAAAAGAUUAACUCUUGUUAAAGUGGGCGGUGAAGUAAUCAUAGAGUGUAAGCCAAAAGCUUCCCCCAGGCCUACUUAUACUUGGAAGAAAGGAAAAGAGAUCCUAAGAGAAAACGAGAGAAUCAAUAUUAUGGAUGAUGGAAGCCUCCGAAUUGUCAAUGUCACUAAGGCAGAUGCUGGAAGUUAUUCCUGUGUAGCAACAAACCAUUUUGGUACAGCUAGCAGCACUGGAAGUUUGGUGGUGAAAGAUCCAACACAGGUUGUGGUGCCACCUUCCAGCACGGAUGUCACUGUUGGAGAAAGUAUUGUCCUGCCUUGCCAGGUAUCUCAUGAUCACUCGCUAGAUAUUAUGUUUACUUGGUCAUUUAAUGGACACCUGAUAGACUUUGAGAAAGACGGGGAUCACUUUGAAAGAGUUGGAGGGCAGGAUUCAGCUGGUGAUUUGAUGAUCAGAAGCAUCCAGCUGAAGCAUGCUGGGAAAUACGUCUGCAUGGUGCAAACAACUGUGGACAAGCUAUCGGCUACUGCAGACCUGAUUGUAAGAGGUCCACCAGGCCCACCUGAAGCCGUGACGAUAGAUGAAAUCACUGACACUACAGCUCAGUUAUCCUGGAGGCCAGGAGCAGAUAAUCACAGCCCCAUUACUAUGUAUGUAAUUCAAGCAAGGACCCCGUUUUCUGUGGGAUGGCAAGCAGUGAACACAGUUCCAGAUAUCAUUGAUGGCAAGACAUUCACUGCAACCGUGGUGGGAUUAAACCCGUGGGUUGAAUAUGAAUUCCGAGCAGUUGCAGCCAACCUCAUUGGGAUUGGGGAGCCAAGCAGAUCCUCAGAGAAAAGAAGAACUGAAGAAGCUCUUCCUGAAAUCACCCCAGCUAAUGUCAGUGGAGGUGGAGGGAGCAAGUCGGAGCUGGUCAUUACCUGGGAGACAGUGCCUGAAGAAUUACAGAACGGAGGUGGCUUUGGUUACGUGGUGGCAUUCCGACCCUUGGGCACAGUGAGCUGGAUGCAGACUGUAGUAGCUUCUUCUGAUGCCUCCAGAUACGUGUUUCGAAAUGAGAGCUUGCCGCCAUUCACACCCUAUGAGGUUAAAGUGGGCGUGUACAACAAUAAAGGGGAAGGUUCUUUUAGCCCUGUGACAGUUGUAUAUUCUGCAGAAGAAGAACCCACCAGAGCUCCAACCAGCGUCUUUGCCAAAAGCCUUUCUGCUUCGGACAUUGAAGUUUAUUGGGCCUCUCCACGUGAGAAUCAGAGUAAAGGAAGGAUACAGGGUUAUGAGGUUAGAUGUUGGAGACACGAAGAUAAGGAAGAAAAUGCUAGAAAAAUCAGGACUAUUGGUAAUCGAACAUCUACAAAAAUCACUAAUCUGAAAGGCAAUGCAUUAUAUCAUUUAGCCGUCAAGGCAUACAACACCGCAGGGACAGGACCCUCCAGUGCUACAGUCAAUGUCACUACCAAAAAGCCACCACCGAGUCAACCUCCUGGAAACAUCAUAUGGAAUUCAUCUGACUCCAAGAUUAUACUGAACUGGGAUCAAGUUAAAGCACUGGAUAAUGAAUCAGAAGUGAAAGGAUACAAAGUUUUAUACAGAUGGAACAGACAGAGUAGCACAUCUGUAAUCGAAACUAAUAAAACAUCUGUCGAGCUUUCUUUGCCUUUUGAUGAAGAUUACAUCAUAGAAAUAAAGCCAUUUAGUGAUGGAGGCGAUGGUAGCAGCAGCGAACAAAUCCGAAUUCCAAAGAUAUCAAAUGCAUAUGCGAGAGGAUCUGGUACUUCUACUUCAAAUGCGUGUACGUUGUCAGCCAUCAGCACAAUAAUGAUAUCCCUCACAGCUAGAUCAAGUUUAUGA